AUGAGGUUCUCAGCCUUUCCUAGUUUCGACGCCGAGGUCUCUUCUGGGUUAGAAGGAUUCCAGAAGCCCUCUAUUCAAGAAGAACAAUCAUGGUACGAUGUUAUCAGCUUCCAUGCUAGAAUGGUGGUGAAGAACAUAAAUGAUCAAGGUAUAAUAGAAGUUGAAAAGUCUGGUGGAUGGGGUAGCGAUAUUCGAGGCAAAGCAAAAGGGGUUCCAUUACUUAGAAUAACUAAAACUUGGCUUCAGCAAAUGGAUCACAGAAUGAAAUCAACUCAAAGAUCAUUCAGUGCGCCUCCAAGAGUGAAGCGGUCGGAGAAAAAAGAUUUGAAUCCGCGUUCACGUCUUUCCUCCGAGGGAGAUUCAACAGUCGAAAAUGUUGUGCCAUCUCCUAUCGACGGGGUCCACGCGAGUGAAGAUGUUGAAACCCUGUGGGAGGAGUUUGCUGAAGUUGAAAACCAGGUUAUUGAAAACCGAUUAUUCCACUAUAAGCUUUGGUAA